UGUCCACCGGAAGUAAAUAGAAGAGGUCACCGCGUUGUUAAAGAUGCGUUGUUAGUGUGCGACGUCCUUCAAAGCCGCGCAAGCCGACACUUUUUGCACUGAAACUAAUUGUUCUUUACAUUUUUGUGUGAGGGGAAUUUCUAACCCGCGUCAAUAAAAGCAGCGUAGCAAGCUGCUAAGAAAGAGACAAAGCGGAAGUGAUCGCCAGGUCGCCAAGUGUGAGUUUAAAGUGUGAAAAUGUGCAAAGUAGAAAUGCUGAGAGUGUUGGUGAAGCAGCGACUAACUGCUGCUGUGGAAGAAAUAUUUGUAGUGUUAGAAAGAACCAUAGCAGAAUACGAGGAGGAACUUUCUAGAAGAAAAGAGGAGAACGAGCGACAACGUCAACUACUGGACGCUCUUUUCAACAAACAUCAACAAACAGGGGUCAGUGGAGAGCAUCUCGCUCCUGAGCAGCCGGCGUGGGGCUUCACGGUGAAUCGGGAGGAAACGCGGCCCCCCCACAUCAAAGAGGAGAAUCUUGAAAGAUCGGAGGAGUUCUCGGCGAGCGGUGUCAUGGUGAAGAGUGAAGAAGACGAGGUGAAAGGUGAAAGUGAGGAGAAGAGCAGCAGCUGGACUCGAAAGACGACAAGAGAAGGUGAUGGCGGAGGAUCAGAAGCAGACUUCGCUCCACGGUCAGACAGCGACGAGACGACGUCUCACUCUGAUGACGAUGAUGAAGCUGCUCACGCCGACAACUCCCGCUUUAAAUGUUCCUUCUGUGACAAAACCUUUUAUGACGGCAGCACUCUGAAAAGACACGCCAGGAUACACACCGGAGAGAAACCCUUCGUGUGCUCAGUUUGCGCUCAAGGGUUCACCAGGAAGGACCACUUGAUGGCCCACACGAGAACGCACACCGGCGAGAGACCCUUCUCCUGUCCGCUCUGCCACGCCAGCUUCGGCUUCCAUUCGGCACUUUCCCAACACAUGAAGAUCCACUACGGCGAGAGACACACGUGCGGCCAGUGCGGCAAAGCCUUCAGGACCAAGUCCACCUUGACAAAACACCUGAGGCGUCACGCGCCGGACUCUCUGUUUGUCCGCGGAGAAAGGUUGGCUCGGAAGAGAAACCUGCCGGGGGAGAAGAGCUUUUCCUGCUCCGUCUGCCACGCCGCUUUUUGUUACCGCUCCGGUUUGUGUAAACACAUGCAGAAACACGCUUAGUCGCAUCACAGCUGAGAGGAGGGGAUCCUUAAUGAUGCAGAGACCCUAUUCCUGCAUCCGCUGAUGAAGAUCUUAGUUUAGUCUUUAUUUGAAGGGACAAGGCACAGAAACAUUAGGCUCAAAGACAGAUAGGUUCUUUACCAUUGUGUUUUGUCUUUUUGAUGCUGUAAAAUAACAUUUUACAUUUUACUUUACAAUUUUGCCACCAUAUAUUGUUUUUUUUUUAACUGCAAAAUCUACAUAAAAUAGAGUACUCAGGAGGCAACUUAUAUAAUAUUCACUGUUAGGGUCAACGUGGCCCUCAAUGAAAACAAGUUUCGACGCCCCAGUUUUAGACUUUCAAUAUUGUGUUGGAAGGCUGAUGUUGAUGAGCAAUAACAUUUGCUUUUAAAAUACUAAAGACAUUUGAAAAAGGCAGCAAAACUUUUUGCUCUC